AGUUGGUCAUUAGAUAGUUCGACGGAAUGGGUUUCAUAAAAAUAAUAUAUUAGUAAUUUUAUUGUAAAUAAAAUAUUUUCUGUGAUUAUAAUUAAAAUUAAUGUAUAAAUUGUUAAUAACUAGAAGUGUAAGCCCACUUAUUCGUGAAUUUACAGUUAUUCGUGUAACACGUAUUUUGUGCAUAGAGUUCAAGUAUUGAAUUAGGCCACAUAGCGAUCUCUCCCUAAAAUACCGCUGUUCUGGCUGUCGCGUGUCUACGUAUUAAGACGGACUUGCAAUUCUAGAUAAGUGAGGCGGGAGAGUGAUGAUCAAAAGGCCGUGAACUAAUGUGAUGUCAUCAAAAGGGGAAACAGAGGCCGAUUCUGGCACGGUGUCGCCAAAUGCAUUACCUGUUAAAAAUGAACCGGUGGCGGCACCAAGUAAGGAGACUCCCAAACGAAAUAAUAGUACAUUAUUAAAAUGUACAACAUGUAAUAGCUUCAGUACACUAAGUACCCGGGCUCUAAACACUCACAUGGCUCAGUGCUCCCCAGAUAACAAUAAUGUGGCCACAGCUCAGAAUACUGAUGCCCGGCCGCACAGAAAACUCUUUGAGUGUGACGUGUGCAAUAUGAAAUUCUCUAAUGGCGCCAAUAUGCGUCGCCAUAAAAUGCGACAUACUGGUGUCAAACCUUAUGAAUGCAGAGUCUGUCAGAAGCGAUUCUUCAGAAAAGAUCACUUAGCUGAGCAUUUUACAACUCAUACAAAAAGCUUGCCAUAUCAUUGUCCAAUUUGCAAUCGGGGUUUCCAACGCCAGAUCGCGAUGCGCGCCCAUUUCCAGAACGAACACGUAGGUCAGCAUGACCUUGUCAAAACUUGCCCUCUUUGUAGUUACCGCGCGCCCACUAUGAAGAGUCUUCGAGUACACUUCUUUAACAGGCACGGUAUUGAUCUCGACAACCCAGGCCCUGGGAAUACCUCUGUUUCCCUUUUGGCUGCUGGAAUCGCAAAUGCAGCAUAUGGUGAUGGUACAAUGGACCCUAGUACUCUAAAUGCAUUGGGUGCUCUUGGGUCUGGACUAUCGGUAUCAGUUGCGGCAGCUUAUUCAGACAGCGGUGACAGUAAUGGAGAGAGAUCGGUUGACAAUGCGACACCACCCAUGCACUAUUUGACCCCUCAUGUUGAAAUAUCAAUGGCAGACAAUAAUGAAACAUUUUCCCCUGGCCAGACAAGUCAUAUGGGCAAUUCAGAUUCCCGUGUGAAUGGGGAAGGUCCCAGUUCACCCCAGUCAGGUGAUAGCGCAGUGGCAAGCAGCUCACUCUCCGCAGGCCUGCCUACUAACAUCACUCCAUCAAUCACACUUAUACCUAUUAAACAGGAGCCAAAUGCGGAAGAGAAUGCAGGUGAAGAUGGGAAUGGCGAAAAACGAGACGUUAAAUCGAGUCUCAAUUCCCUUAUAAAGGUUUCGCCACUUAAAAGCCUCCUUAGAGAAGACUUACGCCGUAGAAUCUCAGCGCGUGGACGCUCGCGUGGCUCAAAUGCCCGUGCAUCACCAAGCGAAGGCGGCAUGAUAACGUCCACUCACGGCGAUGCUCUUCUACCAUCUUCUCUUGUCUGCACAUUCUGCUCUAUCACAUUCCCUGAUUCGACUCUAUAUUUCCUUCACAAGGGUUGCCAUUGCGACUCAAAUCCAUGGAAAUGCAACAUUUGCGGCGAACAAUGCUGCAAUGUUUACGAAUUCAACUCGCAUCUACUGUCCAAAAGCCACCAAUGACUGUUUGCUGGGGGGACGCAAUGAUAUAAGCACUACACGUGAGCGAUUCGAAGGUAUUUAUCUCUAUCUAGGAAGAUCUUCGAACUGCUGAUACGUCCCCCCGAAGCUGAAGUGGAAGCUGGUAUGGUACUUUAAAUAUUUAUCUCAAAUGGUUACUUUCAUGUUUUCCUUUUGUGGAAAGGAAUGGUGUUUAUAAAAUGUUCCAAAUUCAAAUUUAAUGUUUUGUCUUUUUAUAAGUGGACAAGAAAGGGACAGCAGUAUAGAAAACAAAAGUUUACUUUGAGUGGAAUGUUCCAAAUUUAAAUUUAUUGUUUUGCGGUAUUGGAUGUUAUGAUUAUUAUUAUUUUGUUAUAUAUACAUAUAUGUAUAUACUUGUUCGUUGAAAAUUUGAACUAUAAAUUGUACCGUAUUUGUUACCAUCGUAAAAUUAUAAAAGAUAAACACGGUAUUAAAUUUAGUCCAUGCCUUAUAACAAGGUCAGAUAUGGUUCAAACUUGUUUCUAGUUAUUUUGCUUUAUUACGUUGGUGUCUUGCUUAUUAUAAAUUUGUAUGAAGAGACGGUAGUAGAAUAUGGACGCUUUUUUUUUCAAAUAAUUAAUUGUUUUUGUACUACUGAACUGUAACAGUGUUAAUAAGAAGACAGAUACAUUAAAAUGUAAAGUUAUAUUAUGGGUUUAUAGAAUGGACUACAUAUGUCAGUUGUCAAAUAUGUUUGAAGCAAAAUUUAGCGUUGUUAUUGUGUCAUCAUAUGUCAAAUAUUGCUUUACGACAAUUUGAAUUUGGAACUUAACUCAUUUGAAGGAUCAUACUGGUUUACCAAAUUGUGGUGCGAGUAAGGAUAUUUUUAUGGAUAUUUUAGUACUUAAUCGGUUUAAUUAGAUAGUGUUUGGGACCUGUCGGAAAUUAUCGAAGUGAAAUUUAAACAUUCCGAAUUGCAACGAGUGCAUUCCAUUUAAUGAGAUUGACUUAUAGCCUCUGGCGGGGAAUAUUGUUUAUCAUAAAAAGAUUUUAUUUAUUUAUUUUGUGUACUUAUGUAUAGUGAUAUACAAAUAUCUAUUGUGGUGCGAUAGUGAAUUUUACAAAUGUUUAAUGCAUGUACAAAUUAAUAUAUUUUUACAUUUCACUAUUCAAUAUUUUAUUAUGGCAAAGCCUAAAUGUGAUGACCGGAAUUAAAAAUUUUCCGUUUCUAUUUAUUUUCUACGCAUAUGAUGCAAGUCCACGACUAUACUUAAUGUACAAGUUGAUUUUUGUUGUUAUUUUAUUUAUAUUCUAAAAUGGGAUAUCGUACUUAAGUGGUCCAUGAAUCGGAAUUUAUUUGAAAGUAUAAGGAAUCCACACGUAUGGUGAGGCGAAUAGCUAGAAGAGUUUCUGUCCAAAAUCUACAUCCUUAUCUAGCGCUUUUACCGCCAUCUAGCGGAAUCUUGUGUUAGAAUUCAUAUGUCACUCUUGGAUUCGUCAGCGCCCAAUCUAGCGCUUUAGAACCUGAUAUUUGGUUUAGCGCUGAGUUAUGGAAAAACAGCGCAAUUUUUUUUUGGGCUUUAUUAGUGUUUAAUUUCAUAUGUUAAUCUAUCACUUUUUUCGACUUUCGUAUUUAUAGUUCAGUUAGGCUAUGGGAAAAUAGCACUGCACAUAAUCAGUGCCUUUCUAGCUCAGUUUAAAGCGAGACAUUAGAAUUUUGCAUGUGCUUUGAGUAGCGUUUCAUUUCAUGUUUAUCAUUGACUUACAUUUUUUUUUUACUUUGGUAUUUGUAGUUGGCAACACAAUACGAAAAUGCAGCUUUUCUCUUAAUUCGCCUCACUAUUCAGCGAACGUGUAGACGCUCUGUAAUAUAUUGCUCAAUACUUUCAAGGCUCAAGGAGUGGGUUCAAUUCGGUGCAAGCGAUUCGCACAAAAUUAUCUUGUAACAUUGUAAUGCGUGCUUUUUGGUGCACCUAUAUAUAUAUACCCAUAGGUAUUUCGAAUUGGUAAUUAAAACUACUUAAUAUAAGCGACAUAACAGCUAUUAAUUAUUGCGCCAAAUGUGCUCAACAGAGAAAUAUUUUAUGCAAAUUAUUUAUUAGAGAAAAUUUAAGAUAUUUAAAUGUUAUCAGAUUAAUAUAUUAUUUAUGGUUUCUAAUGCAGUUAUACAAUCGUUCUAUAGUCUAUUGAAUUUCUAAGCAUUCCUUUUUUAAAUUUAAAGAUUGUAUUGACUGCAUUGGGGUUAGUUUCGAUACUUGCAGGUGAGUUUUGGCUAAAUACAAAACAUUCCUUAUAGUAUAGACGAUAAGUACUUAAUAUCGGUUGUGGUCUUGCCUGUUAAGUUAACGAAAUCGUUUAGAUGAAACUGAAAUUGUUAACCAAUGAAGUGUCUAUUGUCUUUACGUUUAAAUAAAAUACUGUUAAAAAUACAAAUUAAUUAAAACUUAAAAAUCUACCCUCACACUGGCUUUUUCUGACACUUGAUCGGAUCUAUAAGUCAUUGUUGGCCUACUUAAUAGUUGUUUAUUUUAAUAACAGUAUUUUGUUUAGAUGUCAUUGUUUUGUUUUAAAUGCUAUUAGUGUAAGAGCCGCAGCGCGCGGUGACGUCCAAUGGACCUAGUGAGUUACCUGAUGGAACAACACAUAUUUAUUAUUUAUUAUAUAGAUACAUUUAUCCUCUUUGUUGAUUUUGUUGUAGACUUGAUGUUUUUCGGUCCCUACCGUCGCGCCGUGGCUUAGCUUAGGGCAGUUUACCAAUAGAUGGUAACCCCAUUGGGCGCCUUCACUUAAUCCGUCCACGUCUAAAGAUAGAUAUUGCCUUUACUAUUUAAUAGAGAUAAUAUAUUUAUAAGCGUUAGAUAAGAACAGAUAAGUGAAAAUAUUUACAAAUAACAAGAGGUUUAAUUAGUUUAGAGAAUUGAAGAGGUAGGCUUCGAUUUUUGGAUGUUGCGGUUUUGAUGUAAAUGCUUUAUCGUGUGGUAGUAUCUUAGUUGUCGUGAUUAAACAUUGUCAAUUUAUUACGAUACAGAGCAGUAUUCAAAUCAUCCAAUAUAUAAGUCAAACGUGAGUUAACUAUAAGGUAUUUGGCCUUGAUUUUUCAAUUGUUACACUGUGCCUUACAUCUUUAACAUUUGAAAAAUUGGCCCUCAAUUUGUAAUUAAGUGUAUAUGAGAAUGUAGUGUAUUAGCAGGGGCAAGAAAGCAAUUUCAUUUUCAAAGAAAAGAACACGAAGUAAUAUAUCAAAUAGAUAAAGACUUACUUAAAUUAGCUCUUAUUCUAUGUUUCCUUGUCUCUGACACUAUGGUUUUACUACAUUCUAUACUUUUUGACCUGAAACUGAUGCCUUUGUGGGCCUGUAGGCUAGAAUUGAGUUUAAUUACGUUCAUAUUCAUUUUAUUCAUAGACGUAUCGUAGAAUAGCAGUCCUCACCUUAAUACCAAAAUACAGCUUACCAACAUUUAAUUUUUUUUGUUUUAGUUGUUAUGUGUGUAACAAUGUAGUUAAGAAUAAAACAUUACGGUAGGUAGAUGGAGAAGAUCGUUGAUAUUUUGCUGUUAAAUUUAUUGCGUUAUAAUAUAUUAAUCUUAUUUCUAAUUUUUAACAUACUAAUAAGUUAGAGGGGAUAAAAUUUAUGAAAAACCAACUUUGUAACCUGAGUGAUAGUAAAUAAUAUCAUAGAAGAUUGUGCCUUAGAUCAGUAAUAAAUUAAAUUGUUUCGAAAUUUAUAUUGAAAAGUAUUUAGAUGUGUGUGUUAAACUGUUCUCACAGAUAUAUUUACACAAAGUUCAAUGUUAUUUAUUUAUAUAGCGCAAUAUUUGCAAAUGGCUGUUUAGCUUGUUUUUAUGGUAAAGUUUAUUUGCAGUUGUGAAUGUCAUCUUGUUACAAAAUAUUGUCUAGGUUUUAAAAGGAUUGGUACUUAUUACCGAAUAUUGUAAUUUAUUUACUUAUAAUAAAAUAAUUUGGUAAAGGGUCUAAUAAAAUA